AUGAACCCGGAGGUGGAUCCUUGCCAGGAAUUCAGUCAGUUCAGCUGUGGCGGGUUCAUGAGCAAGCAGGAGAUCCCUGGCGACCAAGCAACAACGGACUACUUUAACAUCCUCUACAACAAAAACAACGAGGCGAUCCGAGCAAUUGUUGAGCCGUCUCUCAGCAAAUCACCCCCACCGCCUUCUGAUACUAUAACAAAGGAUGAAUCAAAUGCAUCUCAAGCCAACCUCCAAAAACUACAGGACCUCUACUCUGCCUGCAUGGAUGAGGAUGCACUCGUCAAAGUAGGGCGACAACCGAUAUCCGACCAACUUCAGGCCAUCCUCGCCUCCUUUCCUCCCAGCAGUACUACAACGGCUACCAAAGGAUUCGACACCCCUGACCACAAGGAGAUCUUGACAAAGGUGCUGGCGCAGCUAUUGAAGCAAGGGCUGGCAGGGUUUGUGGAUAUCGCAGUGAUUACGGAUCUGGUGGAGCCAUUGAUUCACACGCUGAAUUUGAAGGAGAGUGGACUGGGAUUGCCCUCGAAGGGGUACUACAAGGAUAUCAAGAUUGCGCAGAUCUACGAGGACACUAUCGCGCAGAUGUUCCAGAUCGUCUUGGGAGAUGAGGAUGUCGCAGCCAGCGGUCAGCCUUCAGUGGGUUCGGAUGUGGAGCAGGAGUGGAAGGGUGCUGCCAAGGAUGUGGUUGGGUUUGAGGCACAACUGGCAGCAAUCGGGACAGAGCUUGUCGACCAGUAUGAUCCCAUAAAGGCCAACAACCCUCGCACCAUCGCCCAGCUAUCUGACCUCGUCCCUUCUAUCGACUGGACUCUGUUGCUCGCGGAGAUCCUUCCUCAAGGUGUCACCAAUACACGUCCUAUUGUCGUCCAAUCUCCACAGUACCUUACUCAACUACAGAUCAUUCUCCAGGCCACAACCCUUAGUACACUACGCCACUACGUUAGAUGGGUCGCUAUCAAGGGUCUCGGACCAAAUCUGGGACUUCCUUACCGUCGACCACUCCAGUUCCUGAAAGCUGCCAUCGCAGGUACAUCACCGGACCUUCAGACGGUCCGUUGGGGGGAGUGUGUAACUGUAGUCAACACCAACUUGGGUGACAUGUCGGGACACUUUUUCGUUCAGGAGUUCUUCAAGGGCAACAGUCGCCAGUCAGUGAUCUCCAUUAUCGAUUCUCUCCUUCAGACCUACGCUCAGGCAUUCCCUACAUUGCCAUGGCUCGACGAGCCAACUCGCGCUGGUGCCGUCCAAAAGAUCGAUGCGAUGCAAAAGCUCAUCGGUUACACGACCAACGGACCCAACGUCGCCUCCUCGAUCUCCCUCCAGUCCUACUACUCUAACUUGACUAUCUCCAAGUCUGAUCACUUUGGAAACCAGAUUCGAUAUGCCGUCUGGGACAAGACACGGGAGAAGAGUCUGCUAGACCAGCCAGUGAAUCAGAAAAAGAUGCGAGAUCCCCCACAGACCGUGGAUGCAUUCUAUGAUGGUCAGAGCAACCAUAUUAUAUUCCCGGCCGGGAUUUUACAACCUCCGUUCUUUCGUGUUGAUAACCCAGAGUAUUUGAACUAUGGAACCAUGGGCGUUGCUGCCGGACAUGAGAUCACCCAUGGCUUUGACAACUUAGGAAAGAACUAUGACUACACCGGCCGAGUAAAGAACGGACCAGACGGCAAGGACCACAACGUCAAUGGACAAUUGACACUGGCGGAGGACAUUGCCGACAAUGGAGGACUGAAACAGUCGUACAGGACAUGGCAGUCUCGCUUCCAGUCUGAUCCCUCUGGUGCCAUAUACAAGAAUUUCAAGUUACCAGGCCUGGAGAAGUACACACCAGACCAACUCUUCUUCAUCUCGUUCGGUCGUCUGUGGUGCAGCAAGGAGAGACCCGAAUGGUUGUUACAAUUGAUUCGAAGCAAUGGACAUCCUCCCUGGAGAUUUCGUGCCAAUGGAGCAGUCCAAAACUCUGUCGAAUUCUCGCGGGCUUUCAAGUGUCCCGAGAAUAGUCCUAUGAACCCUGCCAACAAGUGCACACUGUGGUGA